UGGCUCAUGUCAGCUGAAUAUUAGCAGGAUGUGAAACCUUGCCAAUGGGAUGCAGGUUCAAUUGAGUGAGGAAGCUUUGCGCGAAGCUGUGCUGAUUGAGACACUAGCACGGCUUCUGCGAGAGAAGGUUGGCGCGCCGGCUGCAGUUGUGCCUCCCUGGCGCCAAGCCCAAGCUGUUCCACCAGCUCCAACAGCUCCAACAGGUCAAGCAAGCGCUGGAUCUGGAUCUGCAGUGGGGGCUGCAUCUCAAGCUGCUGCUCCAGACAGUCAGCCUUCCGAUGUGGUGGUCCUGGACGCGACGCAGGAGACGGAGAAGAGGGAAGCGCCACUGGAAAAGUUUAUCAGAAUUUUCCGCCUCGACGAGCUUGCGGCGAAAUGCCUUUUAAAGCUUCAAGACGACGAGGCGGCAUUUGUGAUUGAGUCAUGCCAACAUAGGCUGAAGCACGCGAAGAAUCCCUCGGCUGUGGUAAUGAUUGCCAUCAAAGGAGUUGCUGCAAAAGUCGGCCGCAGAUACUAUGGCAGUCGUGAAACCGCAGAAGGGGGUGAAGCAGAGACGGGUGGAGAACUCAAAAUGAUUGGAGGUUCUCCAGAGGAGUGGGUUGAAACUGAAAAAGCUCAAACUGAUCCGUACUUGGUCGUGGAGGAGGAGGAAGAAGAGGAAGAAGAGAAGAUUGUCGACCAAGAGGCCAAUGCGAACUGCAUGAUCCGCUUGCAGGAAUGUGCAAGGUGGACCUGCCAGCCUCAGGUGUGGAAGAGCCGCCACCAAAGCGGCCACGCACAACACUCGAGGAGCCCUUGACAGUGGAGGAUUCGAACCCCGACGCAGAAGAGGACAAUGCAGACGCCUUGUUUUUUGUCGAUACUGGUGGGGCCAAGCUCUUAGAGUGCGUCUGGUGACGAACGAGUUGCGUCUCAGCAUCCCAGCAGUGAUUCCAAGGUUUGACGUCUACCUCCGUAGGAAUUAUUCUUCGACACUUGGGCAGGUGCCAAACCUUGGUGGAUUUACAAAGCUCCUUGGUCAAGCGAACACUGCGAUCCAUUGGCAUUUGGGAUGCCCGCUAAACUGCGCCGCAACGGCGCUAUGCCAACGCCUGCGUCGUACGAGACCGUGCGGUAG